AAGUUUAGUGUACUUCCUCGUUGACUGGCAGUCAGGCAAGAGCAGACCGCCAGUGCUCCAGCUUCCCUCUGUGACGACACAACGAGUACAGUGUGUGUGUGUGUGGUACAGAUAUGGGGAAGUCACUACUGGAGCGUGUGGGUACUCUCUUGUACUUCGUCACCCCCAAUGCCACCUCCUUCAGCAAAGUUGACCAAGUCCCUAACUACGUAAAUGAGGCAGUUCCUUUGUUCGUCUUCUUCAUCGUGGUGGAGUUUGUGGUGCGUUACUUGGUGGGUCAACCUGCCAGGAUCAAUGAGGCUUUCUCCUCCCUUGGCGUUGGCAUUCUUCACGAGGCUACAGGAUUCAUAUCCUCGUGGGUGGUGUUGUUAGGCUACCAGUGGCUCUACCAGUACCGCAUCUGGGACCUGCCUUGGAAUUCUCCGUACACGUGGUUCGGCGCCUUAAUUCUCGUUGACUUCUGCUACUACUGGAUUCAUCGAGCAAAUCAUGAGCUAAAUAUCUUGUGGGCAGUGCAUCAGAUCCACCAUUCGUCAGAAGACUACAACCUGGCAACAUCAGUGCGUCUUUCAGUGCUACAACGCGCCGGGCACUUUGGUUUUUAUCACCCCCUGGCGCUGAUAGGCUUCCCAGUAUCUAUCGUCGUCGCUCACACAGCCUUCAAUUACUUAUUCCAGUUCUGGGUACACACAGAACAUGUGGGAACUCUUGGCCCGAUAGGCUGGAUCUUCAUGACGCCAUCCUACCAUCGAGUUCACCACGGGUCAAACAAGUGGUGCCUGGACAAGAACUACGCCAGUGUGUUCGUCAUCUGGGACCGUAUCUUCGGCACCUUUGAGCCCGAGAGAGACAACGAGGUGAUAGUGUACGGUCUUACUGAGCAGCCCCAGACCCACAAUGUCCUCUGGCACGAGUUCUUCUACUUCGGUGAGAUAUAUAAAAAGGCCAGAAGUAUGAAUACAUGGAGAGACUCCCUGAAGGCCGUGUUCUAUGGACCUGGCUGGAUCCCUGGAGCACCCCGCCUGGGGGACCCUGACACCUUCCCCGACGUGAAAGCUCCCAGAGCCAAAUACGACCCCCAACUGCCCCUCUGGCAGGUUGUGUAUGUCACCAUUCACUUGAUACUGGCGCUGCUGGCUCAACAACUGAUGGUUGUACGCUUCACGACGUCUUCAUGGUCGACGGUGUUCGCGUUCCAGCUGUUUAUAUUCUCCGCUGUGGGUGUGACGUCCGCCUUAUACGAUGGGUGGCGGUGGGCCCCUGCAGCUGAGGCCGCCCGGUGCGCUGCCUUCACCACGUACGCCUUAAGCACACCCAUCACUGCUGUCCCUACUGUAGACAACACCCUCGUGUUCUCUUUUGUUAUCUUCUUUAUAUUUUGGACGAGGCGAGGACUAAAUCGUCUGAGCUCCAACAUUAAUACAAACAAGAUAAAGUGAGGGUUACCUAGGUCUGUGUACCAGCUGAAGGCAGAGUGACAAGGACAACUAUGUUGCAGAGAAAACAAUUACCGUUACAACGGUGCAGCUGAAAAAGUGACAAGAUCACAGCGACUACUCCACAUCAUGUUACCCUUAAACUGCAAGGCCAUAUUAAUGGUUAAAACUAGUGUGAUAAAUAUUCUAAUAACCUGAUUUCAUUAACUAAAUCAACCUUUUUACAAAGAAUUUGUUGAAAAAAAAAUGGAAGAAAAAUGUAUGAUGAUAAGUGUGUGUGUGUGUGUGUGUCGUGGGACUAAACAUUGAUAUCUACAGACCUGAAACUAAUUGCAUACUAAAGGGACCCUGGGGUGUGUACCUCGGUGUUAUAUUUAGCUCAAAUAAAAAGAAAAAGAAAAUAAAUGGUUACAGGGAGUCAUCCAAUCAGUACAUUAACAUUUCCAUCACUAUCAACACCCACUACUCGAGGAGCGACCUUCUGAUCCUCCACUUGAACGUGAUAUUGUAGCGGAUGUAGUGUACUGGAGAUUAUAAAGUGUAUUUGGUAGUUUAAUUCAUGAAGUGUAAAUGAUACUGCUGUUGAUGUAGUGUAGAUGAUACUGUAUGUAGUGUAGUGUAAAUUAUAUUGUAGUUAGUGCAAUGUAGAUUAUAUUGUAGUUAGUGUAUUGUAUAGAUACUGUAACUAAUAGGGUAGUUACGGACAAAGGCUACGAGCUCCCCCCCAUCAAGAAACAAUUCUGGCAACCCUGAGUUCUCCAGCUAGUGACUACAUUAAAACACGAUUACUUUAAACCCUAAAGGAUAAAAUGUGAAACAUAAAACCUUCAUGCCAAACUUCCAUUUUUCAAUCAUACAAAAUAUAUGGUGCGUAUAUGCAACGUUAAGUUUCUCGCUCUAUACCGCAUGUUGUGUACAUUUGCGUACAUUUGUACACAUACUAGUGGACACAUACUGCUGUAAAUAGUUCACCUUAAUAAACUUUACACCAGUGAA